AUGCUGCACCCAAUUCUGGAUCUGAGUAGAGUCAAUGUGGUCCUUUCCUUAUUGGGAAUAUAUAUCCUGAUUUUUGGGUUCAUCGCCGUGAAAAUCAAGCAGAGAUGGUAUCUCGGUGAAGCUUUCGGGACUGUCAUAGGACCAUUUGGUGCGAAGUUGAUCAAUGUUAGUCAGUGGGGAGGAGGCGACAGCGACAGUGGUGACAUCGUCUAUGGGCUGACUCGAUUGGUGAUCGGAAUCGCGAUGGUCAAAGUCGGUUAUGAGCUACCCAAACGAUAUCUGCGGCUUCAUCUGGUCGAACUCACCAUUUGCCUACUGCCGUUGAUGACGAUCCAGUGGCUGACGACGUCGGCAUGUAUCAAACUAAUGAUCCCUGGUCUAUCCUUUUUGACUGCUCUCAUCAUCGGAUCGUGUGUUAUAUGCAUCGACCCGGUUCUCUCACAGGCUGUCGCCAAGGGCCCCUUCGCAGAUCAAUAUGUCCGACGACAUCUGCGCGAAUUUAUUUCUGCCGAGGCCGGCGGGAAUGACGGGUUCGGCUUUCCAUUUCUGCUUCUCUCCAUUGCCCUUCUUCGUUAUGCCGAUGCCCCGGGUAUGGAGACCGUAAAAGCUGGUACUGGAGAAGACAGUCGGGAUUGGAUUGGUGAGCCGGAUACCGGUCGAUUGGGGGGAGAUGUAGGCCGGGCUUUGGCACAUUGGGCCGUUGAGGGAGUGCUGUACAUGCUGGUCAUGGGUGCUGGAUAUGGUGUGCUGGUCGGGUUCUUAAGCCGGAAAGCCUUGAAACUGGCCUCAAAAAGACAUUGGGUUGACAAGGAGGGCUUCUUCUCAUAUCCUGUUGCGAUAGGUUUGUUCAUCGUCGGUACCUGCGGCUGCUUUGGCUCCGAUGAAACUCUCGCCUGCUUUGUUGCCGGCUGUGCAUUAAACUGGGAUGGGUCUUAUCACUUCGAAGUUGAAGAGAGACAUGACUCCUUCAAUUUCACAAUCGAAAACCUCUUGAACAUUGGAACUUUUAUGUUCCUCGGAGCUAUUAUGCCAUGGAAUCAACUUCACAUGCCGAGCCAGACUGGAAUCACCGUCGCUCGACUAGUCGGGCUCGGAUUUUUGAUUCUAAUCUUCCGUCGGAUGCCAGCAAUUAUGAUGGGAUAUCGAUUCAUGACCAAGAUCUGCGACAACUGGAGAGAGGCCUUGUUCAUGGGGUACUUUGCCCCGAUUGGAGUUGGCGCCAUUUCGUAUGUCGAGUAUGCGCGACGAUUGUUGCCGGAUCCUGGAGAGAGCGAUACGGAGAUUAACAACUUGACUGCCGCUAUGAUUCCAGUGGUAUACUGGCUGGUCUUCUUUUCCAUUGUCAUCCACGGUUUAUCUAUACCAGUCCUGAACUGUCUCUAUAAGUGGUUCAAGGUCCCUCCUGUCCGAGACCACCCGGUAGAAAUCAUUCUGCUAUCUGAAAAAGAGCCUGUUCCUAACAACAGUGUGGUGGAUCACUGUGGCUACUCUGUCAUACUCAACAACCGAUUUUCUCGUUCCUCAAAGCAGCAUGCUCAUUCUGGUCAUGGUAAUCCACACCGCAAUGGAACAGACACUAUGGUCCUACGUCGCAGCGGGGAAACUAGCCAUAGGAGCUCGUUGGAAAGGGCAUCGACGAAAGGUUCGUCGCGCGAACUAGAACAGACUAUAUCUGCCAGAAAUGUAGUCUAA